AUGAUGAUAAGUCACUCCACUUGCCGUACUCAAUGUAAAAAUACAGUUAAGACACAGAGAGUUCUCAAGCUCUGCCAAGGCUAAAAUAAAAGUUUACAAGAAGAAAAGAAAGUCGCAAUGAAGCUUUUAGUGUGUAGCACAUUGCUACUGCUGCUUGGUGGCAGCUUAGCGCAGGACGCCGAUAUUCCAAAACCAGUUGAUAUCUCGACAGAGAAGCCGAGUUUGUCCGAAAUUCCGAAACCAGUGGAAGUUUUGACGCAGAAUCCGAUUUAUUCUGAAGCUCCGAUAUUAGUUAAAGUUACGACACAGAAACCGACUUAUUCCGAAGCUCCGAUACUAGUUACGACAAAGAAACCACAUCGUAUUAAUUGGCAGCCCGUUUGGGAUGAUGAUCAAAUACCUGGUGAUCCACGACAGUUUGAACGAAACCCGAUUUUCAAUCCAUUACUACCAUUCUUUCCCAUCAGACCACAGUUGAACCUGGGACCCUGCGACGCGCCCAACGGCAUGGGCAUACGUAAUCUGCUGGUACAAGCCAAAGCGCUGCUGCCACGCCAACGCAUACGUGCCAUUAUACGCGGCGCUUCCAAAGAUCCCGAAAUGGUGGCACUGGUAAAACUCUUGCAGUCGCCGGAAUAUCGCAAGCGUACCGCCAGCCUGAGUCGCUCGCGUCAGUAUAAGGGAUAUCGUGAUUAUACUUGCUAUAAAAUGAAUUGUGAUAUAAGAUUAUAUGCCGAUUUCGUAAAGGAAUUGGUACAGUUAAAUCUGUUGACGGAGCCAAAUAAGAAUGAGACCGAUAUCGAAGCGAUUAAAGGCCGUCCGGGUAUACGUGGUGUUCUGCAGGACAUACGCGAUGCGCUGCCCCGGAAAGUGUUACGUGAGUUAUUCGAACGUUUAAUUGUCCGCGAUUGGUAUUUACUGCGUGCAGUACAGCGCGCACAAAGCUAUGAAUUCGAAGCUAUUUUCAAGAUGCUGCAGAAGAAUGAGGAUUAUAAAAAGUUGCGUAAGGCUCAGGCUGAAGUGGGUAUGCCCGUGGAGGAGUUGAAGAAGUUAGUAUACUAUGCGUUGGGUUGGCGUGAAGACGCACUGAACUCAGCUGAUGAUCUCUUCAUAGAUAUUUGAGAUAGGUUGUUCUGUCUGGAAGGUUACAGUUCAGUGUUCAUUUUUUUCCAUAUUUUGAUAUACUAAACUACUAAAUAUUUACUUAUUAUUAAGUUUUGGUGAAAGGUUACAAAUUAAGUUGUUAUAUAAUUAAAUGGCAUGUAGUCAGUUGCCUUUGAUUUGAGGCGACUUUUUAAUAAAUAGUCCAUAUUACUACUUGUAUAUCAUAAUAAA